AGGCAGCCAAUAGGCCAGGGCCCAUGCUGUGAUUGGCCGCAGCCGUGUUGACGGAUACAUGAGAAGAAAACGCCGUGGUAGCUCAGAGUGUGGAAUCGGGCGCGAACCUGAGAUCUGAGGAGAAGUGUGGAAGCGCGUCCGAGGCAAACGGAAUAACCCGGCCCCCGGCGCUCAGACCUCGGAGCAGCACGUGCGGGCCCGAUCGCCUUCGGCUCUUUCCGGCCGCUCGGGGCGCUUCGGGCGUCCUCGGGGCCGCCUCGCUCACCUUCGGCUAUUUCCGCGUUCCUGGCGCGCCGUUGUCCCGGCAACGCGCGGCGGCUCAGCGGCCUGGCGGAGGUUUCAGCGCUGAGCAGGCCUGAGUUCUGUCAUGGCCCUCUAUUUUGACCACCAGAUAGAAGCCCCAGAUGCAGCGGGGUCGCCCUCACACAUCAGCUGGCACCCUGUCCAUCCAUUCCUGGCAGUUGCUUACAUCAGCACAACCUCAACAGGCAGCGUGGAUAUUUACCUGGAGCAAGGGGAGUGUGUGCCAGAUACACAUGUCGAGAGGCCAUUCCGAGUUGCUUCCCUGUGCUGGCACCCGACACGGCUGGUGCUGGCUAUGGGCUGGGAGACUGGAGAAGUGACAGUGUUUAACAAGCAGGACAAAGAGCAGCACACGAUGCCCCCGACACACACAGCCGACAUCACCGUGCUCAGCUGGAGCCCCAGUGGAAACUGCCUGCUGUCUGGGGACAGGCUUGGUGUCUUGCUCUUGUGGAGGUUGGACCAAAGGGGCCGAGUGCAAGGGACGCCCCUGCUGAAACACGAGUAUGGGAAACCCCUCACGCACUGCAUCUUCCGGCUCCCCCCUCCUGGCGAGGACCUGGUUCAGUUGGCGAAGGCAGCUGUGAGUGGUGAUGAGAAAGCCCUGGACAUGUUUAACUGGAAGAAGAGCAGCUCUGGAAGUUUGCUGAAGAUGGGGUCUCAGGAGGGGCUGUCAUUCUUUGUCAGUCUGAUGGAUGGGACAGUGCACUAUGUGGAUGAGAAGGGCAAGACCACUCAGGUGGUGUCCGCAGACAGUGCGAUUCAGAUGCUGUUCUACAUGGAGAAGAGGGAGGCACUGGUGGUAGUCACGGAGAACCUCCGACUGUCCCUGUACACAGUGCCUCCUGAGGGCGAAGCAGAAGAAGUGAUGAAGGUCAAGCUGAGUGGGAAAACCGGCCGCCGCGCAGACAUCGCUUUGAUUGAAGGCAGCCUUCUCGUGAUGGCCGUCGGGGAGACUGCCCUCAGAUUCUGGGAUAUAGAACGAGGAGAGAAUUAUAUACUGAGUCCAGACGAGAAGUUUGGCUUUGAGAAAGGAGAGAAUAUAAACUGUGUUUGUUACUGUCAAGUCAAAGGUCUUCUGGCCGCUGGUACCGACAGAGGGCGAGUAGCCAUGUGGAGAAAAGUACCAGGCUUCCUGGGCAGCCCCGGGGCAGAGGGCAAGGACAGGUGGGCCCUUCAGACCCCUACCGAGCUCCAAGGAAACAUCACGCAAAUCCAGUGGGGUUCCAGGAAGAACCUGCUGGCAGUGAACAACGUCAUCUCCGUGGCCAUCCUCAGCGAGCAGGCCAUGUCGUCACACUUCCACCAGCAAGUGGCCGCCGUGCAGGUCUCCCCGAGCCUGCUGAAUGUGUGCUUCCUGUCCACGGGGGUAGCGCACAGCCUGCGCACCGAUAUGCACAUCAGUGGGGUGUUUGCCACUAAGGAUGCUGUCGCAGUCUGGAACGGAAGGCAGGUGGCGAUCUUCGAACUUUCUGAAGCUGUGAUGCGGAGUGCAGGGACCUUCUUAUGUGAGACGCCCGUGUUAGCAAUGCAUGAAGAAAGCGUUUAUACGGUGGAGUCAAACCGAGUUCAAGUGCGAACCUGGCAGGGGACAGUCAAACAACUCCUCCUUUUCUCGGAGACUGAGGGGAACCCAUGCUUCUUGGACGUCUGUGGGAAUUUCCUGGUUGUAGGGACAGACUUGGCUCACUUUAAAAGCUUUGAUCUUUCCCGAAGAGAGGCCAAAGCACACUGCAGCUGCAGGAGCCUGGCGGAGCUGGUCCCCGGGGCGGGGGGCAUCGCUUCUCUGCGGUGCAGCAGCAGCGGGAGCACCAUCAGUAUCCUCCCGAGCAAGGCUGACAAUAGCCCCGAUUCCAAAAUCUGCUUCUACGAUGUUGAAAUGGACACAGUGACCAUCUUUGACUUCAAGACUGGACAAAUUGAUCGGAGAGAGACACUGUCCUUUAACGAGCAAGAGACUGAUAAGAGCCACCUCUUUGCAGAUGAGGGACUGAAAAAUUACGUCCCCGUGAACCACUUCUGGGACCAGAGCGAGCCCCGGCUGUUCGUGUGUGAAGCCGUGCAGGAGACGCUGGGCUCCCAGCCUCAGUCUGCAGAUGGACAGCCCCGUGAUGGGCGCGCUGGCCCUACGGCAGAUGUUUUGAUCCUGUCCUUCUUCAUUUCCGAAGAGCAUGGCUUCCUGCUUCAUGAGAGCUUCCCCCGGCCUGCCGCCUCCCACAGUCUCCUGGGGAUGGAAGUGCCUUAUUACUACUUCACAAGGAAGCCAGAAGAAGCAGACAGAGAAGAGGAGAUGGAGCCUGGGUGCCACCACAUCCCUCAGAUGGUGUCCAGGAGACCCCUGCGAGACUUCGUGGGGCUGGAGGACUGCGACAAGGCCACCCGGGACGCCAUGCUCCACUUCAGCUUCUUCAUCACCAUCGGAGACAUGGACGAAGCCUUCAAAUCCAUCAAGCUCAUCAAAAGUGAGGCCGUCUGGGAGAACAUGGCGCGCAUGUGCGUGAAGACCCAGCGGCUGGAUGUGGCCAAGGUGUGCCUGGGGAACAUGGGCCACGCCCGCGGGGCCCGAGCGCUGCGCGAGGCAGAGCGGGAGCCGGAGCUGGAGGCCCGCGUGGCCGUGCUGGCCACACAGCUGGGCAUGCUGGAGGACGCCGAACAGCUGUACAGGAAGUGCAAGCGCUACGACCUCCUGAACAAGUUCUACCAGGCUGCAGGGCAGUGGCAGAAGGCCCUCAAGGUAGCCGAGUGCCACGACCGCGUGCACCUGCGCAGCACCUACCACCACUAUGCCGGGCACCUGGAGGCCAGUGCCGACUGCAGCCGGGCCCUCAGUUACUACGAGAAGUCAGACACUCACCGCUUUGAGGUGCCCAGGAUGCUGUCGGAGGACCUGCCAUCCCUGGAGCUCUAUGUGAAUAAGAUGAAGGAUAAGACCCUGUGGCGGUGGUGGGCGCAGUACCUGGAGAGCCAGGGCGAGAUGGACGCCGCGCUGCACUACUAUGAGCUGGCCCAGGACCACUUCUCCCUGGUCCGCAUCCACUGCUUCCAGGGCAAUGUCCAGAAGGCUGCGCAAAUCGCCAACGAGACAGGAAACCUGGCGGCCUCCUACCACCUCGCACGCCAGUACGAGAGCCAGGAGGAGGUGGGGCAGGCGGUGCACUUCUACACCCGGGCGCAGGCCUUCAAGAAUGCCAUCCGCCUGUGCAAGGAGAACAGCCUGGACGACCAGCUCAUGAACUUGGCCCUGCUGAGCUCCCCCGAGGACAUGAUCGAGGCGGCCCGAUACUAUGAGGAGAAGGGCAUGCAAAUGGACAGGGCGGUCAUGCUGUACCACAAGGCUGGCCACUUCUCCAAGGCCCUGGAGCUGGCCUUUACCACCCAGCAGUUUGUGGCCCUGCAGCUCAUAGCAGAGGACCUGGAUGAGACAUCAGACCCUGCGCUCCUGGCCCGCUGCUCCGACUUCUUCAUCGAGCACCGUCAGUAUGAGAGGGCAGUGGAGCUGCUGCUGGCCGCCAGGAAGUAUCGCGAAGCCCUGCAGCUAUGCCUGGAGCAAAACAUGAGCAUCACCGAGGAGAUGGCGGAAAAGAUGACCGUGGCCAAGGACUCCUCGGACCUGCCUGAGGAGUCUCGGCGGGAGCUGCUGGAGCAGAUAGCAAACUGCUGCAUGCGCCAAGGCAGCUACCACCUGGCCACCAAGAAGUACACGCAGGCCGGCAACAAGCUGAAGGCCAUGAGGGCGCUGCUCAAAUCCGGAGACACAGAGAAAAUUACGUUCUUCGCGAGCGUGUCCAGGCAGAAGGAAAUCUACAUCAUGGCUGCCAACUACCUGCAGUCCCUCGACUGGCGGAAGGAGCCGGAGAUCAUGAGGAACAUCAUCAGCUUCUACACCAAGGGGCGGGCCCUGGACCUCCUGGCCGGCUUUUACGACGCUUGUGCCCAGGUGGAGAUCGAUGAAUACCAGAACUACGACAAAGCCCACGGGGCACUGACCGAGGCCUACAAGUGCCUGGCCAAGGCCAAGGCCAAGAGCCCCCUGGACCAGGAAACCAGGCUGGCGCAGCUACAGAGCAGGAUGGCACUGGUGAAGAGGUUCAUCCAGGCCCGCAGGACAUACACGGAGGACCCCAAGGAGUCCAUCAAGCAGUGUGAGCUGCUCCUAGAGGAACCAGACCCGGACAGCACCAUCCGCAUCGGGGACGUCUGCGGCUUCCUGGUGGAGCACUACGUGCGGAUGGAGGAGUACCAGACGGCCUACAGAUUCCUGGAGGAGAUGCGGCGGCGGCUUCCCUUGGCCAACAUGUCCUACUACGUGAGCCCACGGGCUGUGGACGCCGUGCACCAGGGGCUGGGUCUCCCGCUGCCACGCACGGUGCCCGAGCGGGUCCGCCACAACAGCAUGGAGGACCCCAGGGAGCCGGACGAGGAGGUGGUGGAAGAGGCAGACGACGACCCCUGACGGGCCUGGGCCCCAGGACCAGCGUGCUGCUGCAGGAAGGCACCUUCUGGAAUUUUCCAGUCAGCUGCAGCAAAGCCAGCCUUUUCACUGGGAAAAAACACGUCUGUGAUGGAAGACGCAACAGAGCUGGGCGGGAACGCAGCGGCCCGGGCCGGCAGAGCUGUGCCCCAUCUGCACCGUGCUGCCUCCGGGUGCCGGCGGCUCCGUAGAUUUGUGGAUUCGUUCCUUUAAAGGGAGUCGGGUUCACCCUUCCAUCAUAUUCUCCCAACUACACACUGUAAAGCCUGAGAAACUUGUAGAACCUCGGUUAGGCAGCUGCAGCUGGAGGGCUGGGGCACCUGCCCCCACACAUCACAUCCCCCCACACUCCUGCAAGACCCACGGCUCCUGAGCAACAGCUGGGACACCCGGGCCCUGGUGGCUGCACCCCCCACUAGGCUCUGCCCACCGGCCACCAACACUCCUGCAAUUCCAAUAAAGUAGUUUAUUUUCUG